ACUCCUCUUGAUAUUAUUGGUCAAAUUGAAUUGGAAAUUAAAAUUAAAUAUAUUAAAACUUAUAUCAUUGCUUAUGUCGCAACAAAUUUAAUUACACCAAUUCUUUUAGGCAAUGACUGGAUUAAUUUUAAUCAUGUUUACCUGUUUGGCGACCAGAAACACUUAACAAUUCCUGAUCAACAUGGUCAAUUAACUCGAAUUCCAUACACCGAACCGUCUUCCAUCAAUUAUCCCGCUCUAUUAGUUAAUCAAAUUACCCUUCCUCCACAUUCACAAACACUGGUUGACAUUACUUCUCAAGUUACUAAUGCCAACAAUUUAAUAUUUGAACCAUAUGAUCGCUAUAUCUCAAAAUUUAUUUUUAUACCGCAUACAUUAUUAAAUGUUAAUAAUCAUCAAGCAAAAAUUUUAUUAAUAAAUGCUCAAAAUUGUCAACAAACAUUACCAAAGAAUACACGCAUCGGAACUCUAUCAUAUGACACAACAUUGUCCAUAUGUACUACAAUACAAAACUCGACAAAACCGGAACCACCGUCGAAUUUUCAAUCAUCCCGAAAACACAAAAUUCCUAAAAUAAGAGCUAUCUCAUAUGAUAAAGAUAACUCGAAUCAAACUCUCCGAGAUAAUCGUUGUCAUCAAUGUAAUGAAUAUUUUCUAUCUGGAAAUGACUUACAAAAACAUUUACGUGCACAAUGUUAUUCAGAUCAGAUUCGAAAACAAAUAAUCGAAUCGACUGCUCAUAUAGGAAAUCCAAAACAUCGAGAAGCAAUUCAAGAUAUAUUAUGGCGAAAUAAAAUAUUAUUUGAUCCGACACCAUCAAUUAUUAAUAUUCCACCGCAAUCGGCAAUUAGAACUGGUGAUCAUCCACCUAUUUAUUCGAAACAAUAUUCAGCUUCGUAUAAAGAUCAAGAAAUUAAAUUUCAAGAAACACAGAUAUUAUUAGAACGUGGUCAAAUUGAAGAAUCAACAUCUCCAUGGUCAUCACCUAUCGUUCUCGUCAAGAAGAAAGACAAAACCAUGCGAUUUUGCAUUGAUUAUCGUCGAUUAAAUGCCAUCACGAUUAAAGAUGCAUUUCCACUUCCACGAAUUGAUGAAAUAUUCGAUCAAUUAUCUGAUGCAACGUAUUACACAAAAUUUGAUUUUAAAUCAGGAUAUUUCCAGGUUCCUCUAUCGAAAGAGGACCGACCAAAAACUGCCUUCUCAACCCGAGACAAUCAUUAUCAAUUUACAGUUCUUCCACAAGGAAUAACAAAUGAUCCAGCUACAUUUCAACGUGUUAUUAAUCACAUAUUAGGUCCUGCACGAUGGAAAUAUGCAUUAGCAUAUAUUGAUGAUGUAAUUAUUUACUCCAAGACAUUCGAAGAACAUUUGUCUCAUCUCAAGGAAAUUUGUCAAAUAUUAAAAAACGCUCGUUUUCGUCUCAAUCGAGAUAAAUGCGAAAUUGCUCGUACGCAAACAGAAUAUCUUGGACAUCAUAUCCAAAAUGGUGAAAUUCGUCCAAGUCCACACAAUAUACAAGGUUUAUUAAAUACAAAUUUACCACACACAGCAGAUGAAGCUUAUGAAGAAAUUAAAGCAUUUGAACAACUCAAACAUUUUCUUACAACUGAUUUAGUUUUACGUCUACCAAAUAAUAGAUUCCCUUUUAAAGUUCAAACAGAUGCUUCUGAUGAGGGAAUCGGUGCUGUUUUAUUACAAACUUAUCCUGAUGGAGAUAGACCUGUAGCUUAUCUUUCUAAGAAAUUUACUCAAGCACAACGUAAAUGGUCUCCUAUGGAACAAGAAUGUUAUGCUUUUAUUUGUGCUUUAGACAAAUGGCAUAAUUAUUUAAGUGGAAUUAAAUUCACUUGGGAAACUGAUCAUAAGGCAUUAACACAACUAAAUAAAAAAGCACAACUUAAUAAACGAUGUGAAAGAUGGAGAUUAAAAAUCUUAGAAUAUGACUUCAAGGUGAAAUAUAUCCCAGGUUCAACUAACUCGAUGCCUGAUUAUUUAUCAAGGUCCCCAGUCGAUGAUGCCGAAGAAGAUCCUGAUGAAGUUUCACUUCUUAUUUCGAAAUCCACACAAACCGAUUUCUCAGAUAUAAAAAACCAAUCAUCUAUCGUCGCAGCUGUUCAAACUCGUGCGAUGAAAUUACGACAUCAAACUUUAAAUGAUCCGAACGAUGGCACAAAAUCAGCACAAGAUUCUCUAACUUCUUCAUCCGCCAAUCAAACAUUGAAUAAUUCAAUGAAAGAGAAUCGAAUAAUUUCAUUUUCCUUUGAAGAAUUAAUUCAAGCUCAACAAAAUGAUAAUUAUGCAAAAAAUAUUCUGAACAAUAUCAAGAAAUAUAAAAAUUAUAUGAUCAAAGAUAAUCUUUUAAUGCGUCGAUCAAAACCGUCAGUUCCUUAUGUACCACAAGGUGAUUUUCGAAAAACAAUUUUACAAAUUUACCAUGAUACUGCAGCCAAUGGUGCUCAUUUCGGAAGAGAUAAAACGAUAUAUAAAAUUAAACAACGUUAUUUUUGGCCUUCAAUGUACAAAGACAUUGAUAAUUAUGUUAAAUCAUGUAUUUUAUGUGCUCAACAUAAUCCUCGUCGACAAAAAACUCCUGGUAAAUUACGACCAAUUAAACCCCCAGAAGGUGUAUGGCAACUAGUAGCUAUGGAUUUUCAUGGUCCUAUUAAUCCAACAUCUCGUCGUGGUAAUAAAUAUAUUAUAUGUCUCACGGAUAUUUUAUCAAAAUUUGUAGUAACAAAAGCAGUACGUGAUAAUACUGCACAAACAGCUGUUAAAUUUCUUAAAGAAGAUGUUAUUUCAAAAUUUGGUACACCUCGAUGUAUCUUAACCGACAACGGAACUCAUUUCACGUCAACAAUUAUGAAUGAAUUAAUCAAACAAAUUGGAUCAACGCAUUUAUAUUCAACACCAUAUCAUCCUCAAUCGAAUGGUCAAGUUGAAAGAUACAAUUCAACAAUGGAUGCAAAAAUUGCAGCUUUAUCCAAUAUACAAAAAACAGAUUGGGAUGAUCAAUUACCGUUUGUCACGUUCAAUUACAACACGUCGAUCCAUUCCUCAACCAAGCAAAUUCCAUUCGAAAUGAUGUAUGGCCGCCCACCAAUAUUACCAUUUGAUUAUCAAGAAGAUAAUGUUACAAUUCAAUAUGACAAUGACCACGUGAAAAAGCUUAAUGAAUUUUUAGCAACAUUAAAUGCACAAGCAAAAAUUAAUAUUAUAAAAAACCAAGAACGAUACAAACAACGUUAUGAUGCAAAUCGUUCUGAUCCAUUAUACAAUACCGGUGAUCUCGUUCUCGUUAAAACACUCCAUAUGCAUUCAAAAUUUAAUGUUCGUUAUGAAGGACCAUUUAGAAUUACUGAAAAACUUGCACCAAAGACAUUUAUCGUACAACACAUCAAGAAACCAACAUUACAUCGUCAAGUUACAACUGAUGUGUUACUUCCAAUAUUCGAGCGAAUUCAUUAA